CGACUCUAUUUGGAACCAUGACAUUUGUGAACACUCUCAAACAAUGGGAUGAGGCAGUAGCCUGUUUCGAACGCGGGGAUUCCGCAGCUGCCCUUGGAACAUUUCUGGACAUCCAGGAAAAGAACUCCAAAAUAUUUUUCAACAUUGGCUGCCUACAUUUGAUCAAUAAGAACCUAGAUGCAGCUGAAAAGGCUUUGGACAGCUGUAUCGGAAAGGAUGAACACUUGGCUGUUGCAUUCUUUCAAAGGGGGUUGACAUUCUACAAAAAAGAAAGGUUUGAGGAGUCUUUUGCUGAUUUCCAACAUGCCUUCAAGGAGUUGAGGGGGAACCAGCUGAUUGACUACAAACCUCUUGGUCUGAGAUACAAAUUAUAUGCUUGUGAGGUACUGCACAACAUGGCGCUGGCCCAUGCCCAGCUGGGUCAGUGGGAGAAAGCCAAGGAGAACCUCCUGACUGCUCUGAAUCUCAGGACUGAGGCCAAACUCAGCCACAUCGACAGAGGUCUGGAGUGCAUCCUGAAGCAGAAGCUGUUUGAGCCAGUUAAGGUCCCGGCAAAAGUGCUGUUCAAGCCAAACAAGAACUACGUGGCUGAACUGGAGAAGAAGGACUACUUGGGCAAGGCCAAGGUUGUUUCUUCCAUCGUCUUCCAGGAUGAGUUCUCUGGCUUUGCUCCGUUACAGCCACAGGUUGAAGAUGUUCCUACCAGACCAAAAGCGCCUGAAGUUAUGAGGGCUCUGGAGGGAGAGCCUCACACUGUCCUCUUUGAGUUUGUCCCUGAGACAAGUGAUGAGUUAGCUGUGGUGCCUGGCAACAUUGUCUUUGUGCUGAACAAAGGAUCUGACAACUGGGCCUCUGUCAUCUUCAAUGAGCGAAGGGGGCUUGUUCCUUAUAAUUUCCUGGAGCGUUUGGAAAUAACCUUAUCAUCUAAGCAAGAUCAGGAUGGGACAGACAAGGAUGACAUCCCAGCGCCACCUAGACGAGAACCACCGAAUAGACCUCAGAGAAAUUCUGCAGCUUCUGCUACUGAAAAUCAGAGCAUUGGGGACACAAAAACAGAGUCUUGCCAGAGUGAAGAGUUUAGUGACCAUUCACUUUGUGUAGUGAAAGUACACUUCACAUACACCAUAGCAAUCUGCAUGGUGCCUGGACUUCCCUACACAACAACUCUGGAGAAAAUCAGUAACAAACUGGGCCUCCCUGCCACAGCAAUCACCUUGAGCUAUGCCCAAAUAGAUUCUGGUAAAAAAGUGAUUGAUGAGAACACAAGGAUGGAAGAUGUUUGGAGCUGUGUCCACAAUGGUCGUUUAACACUGUGGUGUGAUCUCAAAGAGGGAAUGAGUGAGCAGCUACAAAGCCAGACUCACCUGAUGGCGCUUCAUUCCUAUGAGUCUUCAACUCCAGAGGAUCUUGAGUUCCAUCAAGGAGAUACCAUCUUACUUCUCUCCAAAGUCAAUGAAGACUGGUUUGAAGGACAGUGCAACGGAAAGAGUGGCAUAUUUCCAGCAUCCUUUGUGGAAGAAGUUCCUAUGAAAGAUAAAUAAUGUAAAAGGAAUGUCAUAAUGUCAGGAUAAGGAACAAUGACUUCAUAGAGAUUGUGGGAUUUGUUAUUUCUACUUUGAGCAUGAGUUCCGGGAUUCUAUCCGAUCACGCUUUGGCAGCUAUGCACCUUUUAAAGGCAAUAUUCCCACAAUCGUGGAAACAACAUUCAUGGUCCACACUGCAUAUGUCGGCUGACUCAGCUCAAUAUGGGAUCGAAUCCUGGCCUUUGUCUUCUAAUCUGGAAACCACCAAACAAACAUCAAAGAAAAAUAGUCAGAUUUCAAUAUUUAUGUUGAGGGAAGGCAUUUAGGUCUGAAACGUCAUUACCUAAGCAAGGACUUUUCUUCAAUGGGCUGAUAUUUACCAUGUCAUGUUAUUGUUAAAGUAUGUUAUAAGUUUUAAUAACCUUUUUGGCGGCACAAAUCAAGCAUGCCCAGGUUUUCUACGUAUUUUAAUAGAAAUGCAUUUUUUAGUUUUACAUUCUUUUUACAGUUGAGUUCAGAAGUUUACAUACACUUAGGUUGGAGUCAUUAAAACUCGUUUU